CUUUCCGAGCGGCGGAGCGCUGCGCCUCUGCAUUCAUCCGUCAGUGUGCUGCUGAGCUACAGGAGGACGCGGCUCUCGGUGCACUUUGCUCUCAGGUUAGUCUCAGGCUGAGCUGCGGGGACUCCGUGUUGGAGGAGCUGACAGAAUGGACGGACAGUAAACGCAUCUCUCUGGGUUGCUACUCUCUCUGUUUUUCUGCCGACGGAUUUUUCAUCUUUUGUCACUGUUCGGUCUCUCUUGGCAACCCCCGGGGACACCUGUCGCGUGUCAGGUUUCAGCGAUGAGAGGACGAUGGAGCUCACAUUCCAUCUCUGUACUGGUCUCUUUGAUCGUACUGUGGCAGACACGGUCAAAAGCAGAUUCCAAUUCAACACGUAACGUCAAAGACAUCACAACCUUCACCAAGAUCCUGGACAGUCUGCUGGAUGGAUAUGACAACAGACUGAGACCUGGCCUGGGAGACCGAGUGACCGAAGUGAAGACGGACAUCUAUGUGACCAGUUUUGGUCCAGUGUCUGACACAGAUAUGGAGUACACAGUUGAUGUUUUCUUCCGUCAGAGUUGGAAGGACGAGCGGCUGAAGUUCCACGGACCAAUGAACAUUCUGCCUCUAAACAACCUGAUGGCCAGUAAGAUCUGGACCCCUGACACCUUCUUCCACAACGGCAAGAAAUCGGUCGCCCACAACAUGACCAUGCCCAACAAGCUGCUGAGGAUCAUGGAGGACGGGACCCUUCUCUACACCAUGAGGCUAACGGUUCAAGCUGAGUGCCCCAUGCACCUUGAAGACUUCCCAAUGGAUUCUCACUCAUGUCCUCUCAAGUUUGGCAGCUAUGCCUACACUAAGACAGAGGUCACUUACAUCUGGACUCGUAAUGCCUCCAAGUCAGUGGAAGUGGCAGAUGACGGAUCCAGACUCAACCAGUAUGACUUGGUGGGCCAGACUGCGGGGGAGGAGACCAUUAAAUCCAGCACUGGUGAAUACACGGUCAUGACAGCUCACUUCCAUCUAAAGAGGAAGAUCGGCUACUUUGUGAUCCAGACGUAUCUGCCCUGUAUCAUGACGGUCAUCCUCUCCCAGGUCUCCUUCUGGCUCAAUCGAGAGUCGGUGCCAGCCAGAACUGUCUUUGGUGUUACUACAGUUCUCACCAUGACAACCCUGAGUAUUAGUGCCCGUAAUUCACUGCCCAAGGUGGCCUAUGCUACAGCUAUGGACUGGUUCAUCGCCGUCUGCUACGCCUUCGUCUUCUCUGCUCUAAUCGAGUUUGCUACAGUCAACUACUUCACCAAGCGAGGCUGGGCCUGGGAUGGAAAGAGUGUCGUCAGUGAAAAGAAAAAGGAAGCGUCGGUCAUGAAGAAGAACAACGCCUAUGCCGUAGCCGUGGCUAACUAUGCUCCCAACAUCACAAAGGACUCCACGUUGCCCACCAUCUCCAAGUGUGCUCUGAGCGAUCCCAACCACAAGACCCCAGCGGAGAUGAAGCCCGAACAGAACAAGAAGACCUUUAACAGCGUCAGCAAGAUCGACCGCAUCUCCCGCAUCAUGUUCCCCGUGUUGUUUGGGAGCUUUAACCUGGUCUACUGGGCCACCUACCUGAACAGAGAACCAGUCCUUGUAGACGCGGGUCCUUCCAAAUGAACUGUAGGAAAUCACUUCAAACACAAUUCAGCCCGUUCAGGACUAACUUCUGUUGGUAUUCACUUUUGGCCGCCAGAAGCUGUUUUCCAUGCACGGAGAAUCCCCGUCUCUCAGUCCUUGCUGAGUACAGUUUGGGAUUGUUGCAGGUAAACAUAACCCUGAGCGUUGGUUUUACAUGAGUAAGCCAGGCCUCUUUACCUGGUGAUUGUCAAACAGGAUACGUUUAGUUUCAGCUGGCCGAACUGUGAGAAAACGAAACGUUUAUUUCUUCUUGGAUCUCCAAAAAAAACAAAAAAAUAAGAGAAAAAUACAUUUCCUGAUUUAAAAGUCAUCUUGUUGGACACGGUCUGUUUCUGUAGUCUUAGUAGUUUGUUUCCAGAAGGCUGAUACAUUUAGAUUUAAGAACCGUGGGGUGGGAGCUCGGAAGAGCAAGACUACACCAUCCAACCCGGAAGUCUCCCUGCAGAAAAACCCAUUUCCUUCUAAAUAUGGCUUCCAAAAUGUUAGAAUGAUGAUAGGAUACUAUUUCAUUUAUCAUAUAUAUUAAAAAAAUAAUAAUUUAUCAACACAGUCCUUGAAAGGUGCAUAAUCACCAGGAAAAACGGAUUAACUAAGGAUCCCUUUCUCAUAAAUAUGUAAUGUUGGGUUAUGGAAGUCAUAAUUACAGGAAAGCCUCUCUGAAUUUUACGUCACCAUGUCAAACAUUUUAAUAUCUUAACACAAUGCUUUUGUCAUUAAUUAACUUCUGCGUUCAUGAGACAGAAGGGAGUUGAGAGGCAGCGAGUCAGCACAUUGCUCCUCAGUGUAGCAGAAAGAUAUCUCUAGGGGAAAAUCGGAGUUUGCAGAAGGUAGUCUGGUUCUGUCCCAUUACCAUGUAGAUCACAUCAGACUAUUUGCUGGGAAACAUAUUCCACAAUCACUCCCGAGUCACAUGGUGCGUUGCCGCUCACUCUGUAGCUUUUGUACAGCUUUCUAGACUUUUGUGUUCCCCCACAUGGACUACGUCACUUUGGGGGAGAUCAUUCUGACUGGAUACUAAUGUGUGAGAAUAGGUGUCUGUGUGUAUGAAAUAUACAUGUAUUCAUGUGUUUUUGCACAUAAAUUUAAAUAGUUAUUUUAAGUUAUUUUAAUUUUUUUAAGAUUUAUUGUAAUUGUUUUUUAAACACAAUGUAGCAGGAACAACCUAGAAGAGCAUACUGUGUCCGUAAUACUGCAUUCAUUGAAUUUUGUGUAGUCUUUGUGUGAAAGUUU